AUGAAAAAAUUAAUUUGAAAGUUAGAAAACUGUAGCCAAUUAUUAAUAUAAAUCGUUUCUAAGGAAAGAGUCAUCUUGUUUCUUGAUGCUUAUUUCCUUAUACACUGUACAUCGUCAAAUACAGAAUCGCUAGACCGCGAACAAUACACUUGCAUAAUGCUGUGGUUAUCCGAUCUCCGGGAAUGAUAAUAAGACUCGGGUGUCAGUAUUAGCGUUAAGUAUCGUUAAUUACAUCAACCAAAAUGGUAAUUUAGACGUAUUAGGAUGCGCCACCUCACAAAAUUAAGGGUUCUCCUUCUAUUUUACUUCCGUAUAUAAAAGUAAACGGACGUAUUUUGCAUGCAAUUUGCAAGAGUCAGACUUAGAGAUUUAUCAGGAGACCUUAUCACUCUAAAAAGAGAUUUCAAAAGCUCAACAAGAUUAAAAGCAACGUAUAAGAAUGAAAGGCAGUGGUACAAUUUUUUUCAUUUCGUUCGUGCUCAUGGUGUAUCUUCAAAAUACAGAGUGUAAAAAACUGAAUUUCGAAGAAAUAAAAGAGGCUCUAACACCGCUAAGGAAGUUUUGUAUUGACAGGGUGGGCACGGAUCCAAAAAUGAUCGAGAACGCAAACAAAGGCAACUUUUCACCGGAUCGGAAAUUGAAAUGUUACUACAAAUGUAUGUUGCUGAAUACGAAAGUGAUGAAGAAUGACAAGUUGGUUGAAAUAGCUUUCAAGAAUAUAGUGGAACUCAUGAUGCUGGACGAACUUCAGCCAGAUUUCAUCAAAGGGAUGGACACUUGUCAUUCAAUUGCAACAAAAUCAUUGGAAGGAUGUGAGCUCGCAUAUGAAUAUAUAAAAUGCCACUACAAUUUUAAGCCGGGUAACAUGUUUCUAUGAAGAUAUCUCUUUCAAUGGAUCCUCCAUUUAAAUACUAUUAAAAAGAUUUUGGACACAUCUUGGACACAUAAAACAUGUAAGGAGUAUGAUAUGAUACCAUGUAUUAUGCAUCUAAUUGCAACACAUGAAAACCGAGGAAUUACGAAAAUAUAUAAAAUAUAUUAUAGUAUAUGUUAAUCACACGAUUUUUACCCUA